AGGCUUGUGCGGCGUGUUUAGGAGCUAUAGUCUCUGGGUAGGUGAACAUCAAGAGUCAUGACCUGCCAGGCAUUUAGCACCACUGAUUCCUUUACGACCCUCAGCGGAGAUUCGGCUGCCCUGCCUUUGCUUAUGCACCACACGGGACCAUCCGAGUGCCUGCCUGUCACCAGCCACACCAACAUGAUGCCUUCAGGUCUCCCACUGGUCCAGUCGUCCAAACGCUCCCAUAUGCACCUGUCCACUUCUGCUUUGGGCAAUGCAUCAGCCAGCCUGCACUACCCAAUGCCUCCAUGUCACUAUAGCAACCAGCAGACCACUUACAACAUGAUGGCAGCACAGGAAAUGCUCUCUGCCAGCAUCUCCCAGACUCGCAUCCUUCAGACCUGCGGUGUGCCUCAUGCCAACAUGGUGAACGGAGCCAACUCAUUACAAGGCGCUUUAGCUCCAUGCCUGUAUAAGUUCCCUGAGCACAGUUUGGGUGGAGGAUCUUGUGCAUUGACCCACGGCUUCACCCCACUGCCACAGGCUCUCCUCACUGAUGAACCUACUCUGAGCGACAUCAAGCAGGAACUGCGCAGGAAAAGCCGGCCACUGGAAGAGCCCCCGGAUAUGGAUUCUCCUCAGAUCCGCGAACUGGAGAAAUUUGCUAAUGACUUCAAACUAAGAAGGAUCAAACUGGGUUACACGCAGACCAAUGUGGGUGAGGCAUUGGCGGCCGUUCACGGCUCAGAAUUUAGCCAAACCACCAUCUGCCGCUUUGAGAACUUGCAACUCAGUUUCAAAAAUGCCUGCAAACUCAAAUCCAUCUUGGCAAAGUGGCUGGAGGAGGCUGAACAAGCUGGUGCUCUUUUUAACGAAAAGAUGGGCAUGCAUGAGCGUAAGCGAAAACGGAGAACAACCAUCAGUCUCGGGGCGAAGGAAGCCUUAGAAAGGAAUUUUGUGGAGAAGAGUAAGCCCUCGUCUCAGGAGAUCGUACGUUUGGCAGAGGGUCUGCACCUGGAGAAGGAGGUGGUCCGAGUGUGGUUCUGUAACCGCAGGCAGAGGGAGAAGAGAGUCAAAACCAGCCUAAACCACAGCUCAUUCAUGACUAAAGAGACGGCAGCUUGUAGGCCCUGAAGAUCAAAUGAUUUAAUGUACAGUACAGGACUGACGUGUAUAUACUGGCUUUUUUACAUUUUUUCGGAUCACAGAAUUGCUCAGAAACCCCUCGUUGGAAUUGAAUUGGGUUUCACAUACGCCUUAUGUUGAUUCCAAAUCGAGGCUGUGAGGGAUGGACAUCCAAGCAUUCGCUUCAAACCUAUUGUUUGUAUUAGGAUGCUGGUCAUUCAGCGAUCACAAAACAGAAAAUACAUAGUUUUACAAAGAACCUCAGAAAACGUGGCUCUAACAGCAUCUUAAAAUUAUUUAUUUAAAAUACAUUUUAAAGUUUAAUAUAUUGGCUAAGUAUGCAAAUAUAGCAGAGCACAGUAUGUCUCGAGUCCCCAUACUUGCACUCUGAAGAAAAAUCUUUUUGUGAUGUCAUUUGUAUAGAUAUAAUGAAUUUGUCAAAAUAAAUUAUUAAUAGUG